AGGGAUGACAGUGAACUGAACUGGGGGGGGUAGGCUCUCUCUGAAAUAAUCUGCCCACGCGUUAAGCUGCUUUAUCCCCGCCAAGCCUCAACCGGACAGUGCUGCCGCAGCCCCGUCACCAGUCGGCGGGGAGUCGGACUUAAAGCGGGAGAAAGAAAAAGUGACACACACGCACAAACAGGCGGGGAGAUAAGUUUGAGAAACAUUUGUUGUUUUUGUGCAGUUUGUGGAUCCGGAGUCAGCGGGAGCUCGGUGUGUUUUUUGGAGCGCUGAGGGGAGGCGGACUCACGGUGCUGGAGCUGAACCUGCAACCUGCACUCAGUCCGGGAGGCAGGAGGUAGAAAACAAGUGCACGCUGGGAAUCGAACCACACAGAGAAGCUGGCACUGGUGGCAUGGGCAUGGAAAACACUGGACUGUGGAUAUUCCUGAUAACAACCUGUGUUGUUCCAGGAAUAAAAAGCCAGACUGUGGAGAUGGAUGAUGGGAAGGCGGGGUAUGUCGGGUCAAAGGUGGAUCUCCGCUGUCGGUUCAUCAACAGCUUCCCCCCUGUCAAAAUCUCACAGGUAACAUGGCAGAAACUGGUGAAUGGCACCAAGCAGAAUGUGGCGAUCGCCAACCCCUCCCUGGGUGUGUCCGUGGCCCCGCCCUACAGGGACCGUGUCACCUUCAAGAAUGCGGCAGUGAGGCGACGCACUCCGACCCUUGAAGACACCACCAUCAGCUUCUCCUCGCUCCGCCUCACUGACGAGUCCAGCUACAUCUGCGAAUACACCACGUUUCCCGCAGGGAACAGAGAGAACACUGUGAACCUCACAGUCUACGUUCGCCCGACAACUCAGAUGAGUCUGUCCACCCCGACGCUGGUGGCUCGUUCGUCCAAUCUGAAAACACCUGUGGCCACCUGCAUCUCUGCCAAUGGAAAACCACCGGGUGUCAUUAGUUGGGAGACGAAGGUGCCGGGAGAGGCGACCACUCGAGAGUACAGGAACUCAGACGGGACGUUCACUGUUCAGAGUGACUACAUUUUGGUGCCAAGCAAAGAAACACACAAGGAGACGCUCACCUGUGUCACCAGCUACAACGAGGAAGUCUAUACUGACAGUGUCACCCUCGAUAUCCAGUAUGAGCCAGAUGUUUCAGUGGACGGCUUUGAUGGAAACUGGUAUCUAAACCGAGAGAACGUCCAGCUGAGCUGCAAUGCUGAUGCCAACCCAACCGUCUCUCUGUAUCAGUGGAAAUUGAUUAAUGGCUCCAUACCGAACAGUGCUGAGAUCCGUGACAACGUCCUCAGCUUUAAGGGGCCGGUCACAUACGACCUGCAAGGUACAUACGUGUGUGACGCCACCAACAGCAUCGGGACACGAUCGGGCUCUGUGGAGGUCAGCGUCAUAGAAAAGCCUCUACCGCAGAUAGCAACAGGUGAUGUCAUCAGUGUCAUCGCCUUGUUGCUGGCUGCUGGAGUGCUCAUGGGCAUCACUAUCACAGUCCUGGUGCUCAAAAUCAGAAGUAGAAAGGACAACUCCUCGUAUGUAAACACCACAUUAUCUUUUCUUCCCUCUGUUUCACCUGCUCUUUGUCCCAUUAUGGUUUGUGUCCUUCACUACCAUCCUCAUCAUCCAUCUUUUAUUCUGUUUUCCUCCUUGAUCAGAAAUGAUUCUCCGUCCAGAAAACCGUCCCAGCCGAUAAGGAAAAGACCAGGAGACGAUAUCCAGCAUUCAGGACGGUUUUAUGAAGAGCUUCCUAACACAGCAGAUUAUGUGAGCUACAGACUGGCCUGUAACAAGGAGGACUACCCCGAGCCCUACUCCCCUCCCAUCAACCCCCCUCUGUCGUUUCUGCCCCAGCACCCCUACCACUCCUCACAACCCACCACCACGACCAGCAGCAGCAGCACCGACACGUCGAAAAACACCUUCUCUCCUCCCUCACACACCAUGGCCAUCUUUAAAUACCCCUCUGUAACGGGCCUGUCUUCUCCUCCCCCGGGAGUGGCGGCAUACACUUUUCCUAAAGAGCAGUACGUCUGAACCAGCACCUCGUCACAAACUCAAACCUCUGCAGUGAGCUCAGAUGAAACGACCCGAUUCAAACCCAAACCUUGCCAAGGAGGAGGAGGUUGGAGAUGUAUGUUGAACCCUGGACUGUCAGGAGUUGUCUCUGCACUUGUAUGCACCGUUGUGGACGGCUCUGGAACUCAAAAAGACAAUGAUGCUUUUGUUUUGAAGCAUUUUCUCUUUUGUCCUGUCUUUUACUGUGGCAUCUAAUCUUUGAAAAGGGAAGAUUGUUGAACCAUGUUUUAGGUUAGAGAAAGAGGAUUUUACUUUUCUGUGGAAUGAAUAUGCAAUAUAUUGCAUGGAUGUAUUAUUUAUGAAUGAAAAAAAACUUUAAACAGAAUGUAUGGGAUUAUCUCUUGAUGUGACUGAUUCUGUACUUUAUCCUCCUUUCUAUCAUUUUGUAAAAAAAACAAAACAACAAAUAACAAAAACUUAUUAUGGUUUCCUCCUCUAUCUCUAAAGUCAACUUUCUCUGUAUCCUAGCUGUGUUGUGCACUCUGACAAUCCCAGAUCUCAUCUUCUGGUUGUACCUUCUGUCCUCAUGUUAUACUUUUACUGUGCUUGUAUUUUGUAUGAUUUAUGUUUUUCUUUGCAAAGAAAACAACAUUUUUUAUUUACAGAAGACAUUUUUGAGAUCUAUGACGUUGAUGUUUUUAUUUGUGGUAUCUGUGGAUUUUAGUAUUCAUUGGCACUGGCUGUUGAAUGAACCGUGAAUUUUUAGCAUUUGCUAUAAAUAAAAGUUAUCAUGUGAACUUGUA